GGUUGAAGCGUUUCUGAUAGGAGCCUGGACUGCUCCUGGCUGGAAGGGAGAGGGGGACAGAAAGAGAGAAGGGAAACAAGGCGGGUGGACUCCAGCCGAAACUCCGAGGCGGCUGCAGUUCGCAGCGGACUCUGCUUGCUUGGCGGCGUUCGGGACUCAGGAGGCCCCCACGGCAGCUUGUAGGAUCGCUGGGCUUUCUCGAGGGCUGUUGUUUUUCUGGGAUCUUCCGCGCGACCCCCCUCCCUCCCCACCGUAUUACGUCUGCCGCCGCGGUAAUUUCCUUCAGUGUAAAGAUGUGCGUGUGAACGCUUGCAAAAGCUCUAUCGCCCUGGAGACCUCAAACAAAGGCUCUAGGAGGUUCCAAGAUUUGUUUGGCACAAGACCCAAUGUGUGUGUCUCCAAGAUGACUAUUUGAAGAACAUCAGCUACAGUUGCAACAGGAUUACAAGAGAGCACGGACCUCGAAAUGACAUGCUAGUGAUGCAAAGGCAGUAUCUUCUGGGGCCCUACCUUGGACGCUGAAUGUGCAGCACGUCUUCAGUCAUGGUUGUUUCAAGAUUAAAGGCUGUUCCACUAUCAUUGCCAAGCCUUUUCCUUCUCACUUUUCACCUCUCUGCAUCGCAGAAUAUCCUGGUUUACUCUGAAGAUGAGCAGCAGUGUUCAAGAAGAGAGCACCCAAUGAUUUCUUUUGAAGAUCUGAAGCCUUGGGUCUCAAAUUUCAGCUAUCCAGGUGUACGGGACUUCUCCCAGCUUGCUCUGGAUGCCAAUAGGAAUCAACUCAUUGUUGGAGCCAGGAACUACCUCUUCAGACUCAGUCUCCACAACGUUUCUCUUAUUCAGGCAACAGAAUGGGGUUCAGAUGAAGACAUCAGGAGAUCAUGUCAGAGUAAAGGAAAAACUGAGGAGGAAUGUCAGAACUAUGUUCGUGUUCUGAUUGUUUAUGGAAAGAAAGUUUUCACUUGUGGUACCAAUGCUUUUUCACCAGUGUGCUCCAGCAGACAGGUGGGAAAUCUUAGCAAAAUCAUUGAGAAAAUAAAUGGGGUAGCCCGCUGUCCCUAUGACCCCCGGCACAACUCGACAGCAGUGAUCACAUCGCAGGGAGAACUGUAUGCUGCAACGGUCAUUGAUUUCUCUGGACGAGAUCCCGCUAUUUACCGCAGCCUUGGGAAUGUUCCACCUCUUAGAACAGCACAAUACAACUCCAAGUGGCUUAAUGAGCCCAACUUCAUUGCUGCCUAUGACAUUGGUUUGUUCACUUACUUCUUUUUCCGUGAGAAUGCUGUAGAACAUGACUGCGGGAAAACUGUCUAUUCUCGUGUGGGAAGGGUUUGCAAAAACGACAUUGGGGGGAGAUUUUUAUUGGAGGACACAUGGACAACAUUUAUGAAGGCUCGGCUGAACUGCUCCCGUUCUGGUGAAAUCCCUUUCUACUACAAUGAACUGCAAAGCACAUUUUAUCUACCUGAACAAGAUUUGAUCUAUGGAGUGUUUACAACCAAUGUAAACAGUAUUGCUGCUUCAGCAGUGUGUGCCUUCAAUCUCAGUGCUAUUACGCAAGCCUUUAAUGGGCCUUUCCGAUACCAAGAAAAUCCAAGAUCUGCAUGGCUGCCAACAAUCAACCCCAUCCCUAAUUUCCAGUGUGGAAUACUGAAUGAUGAUAGCCCUAAUGAAAACUUGACAGAGAGGAUCCUUCAGGAUGCUCAGCGCUUAUUCCUGAUGAACGACGUUGUGCAACCAGUCUCUGUGGAUCCAUAUGUCACUCAGGACAACAUCCGUUUUUCUAAGCUGGUGGUUGACAUUGUUCAGGGCAAGGACACACUAUACCAUGUGAUGUAUAUUGGGACAGAACAUGGCACCAUUUUGAAGGCACUUUCUACAACUAAUAAGAGCCUAAGGAGUUGUUACUUAGAGGAAAUGCAGAUUCUUCCUGCCAGCCAAAAGGAGCCAAUCCAGAGCCUCCAAAUCCUUCACAGUGACAGAUCCCUGUUUGUGGGUUUGAAUAAUGGAGUGCUAAAAAUUCCUCUGGAGAGAUGUUCAAUGUACAGAACAGAAGGUGAGUGCCUGGGAGCAAGGGACCCAUACUGCGGCUGGGAUAGGAAGCAGAAGCGUUGCACAACCAUUGAGGACAGCUCCAAUAUGAGCCUGUGGAGUCAGAAUAUUACCGAGUGUCCUGUGAAAAAUCUGAUGGUGGAUGGCCAGUUGGGGGCCUGGUCCCUGUGGCAACCAUGUGAACACUCGGAUGGUGACAGCACAGGCUCCUGCUUGUGCAGAUCGCGGUUGUGUAACAGCCCUCAGCCUCAAUGUGGUGGACGUGACUGUGAAGGAGCCAGGAUAGAGAUUGCAAAUUGCUCAAGGAAUGGAGCUUGGACACCAUGGUCGUCCUGGGCCCCCUGCAGCACUUCCUGUGGGAUUGGCUUUCAGGUCCGUCAGAGGUCGUGCAGCAACCCUGCUCCGCGAUACGGAGGCAGGGUCUGUGUCGGGCAAAGCAGAGAGGAGCGGUUCUGCAAUGAGAACAGUCCAUGCCCAUUACCAAUCUUCUGGUCUUCGUGGGGCCCUUGGAAUAAAUGUAGCGCAAAUUGUGGUGGAGGGGUGCACUCCAGGCAGAGGUCUUGCGAAAAUGGAAACUCGUGCCCAGGCUGUGCUGUGGAGUAUAAAACCUGCAGCCCAGAGGCCUGCCCAGAGGUCCGAAGAAACACACCUUGGACUCCAUGGAUGCCCACCAACAUCACUCAGAGUGGCGCUCGUCAAGAACAGCGUUUCCGCUACACCUGCCGUGCUCAGCUUGCUGAUCCUCACGACCUCCAGUUUGGCAGGAAGAAGACGGAGAGCCGGUUCUGCCCCAAUGACGGCUCAGCUGUUUGUGACACUGAUUCUUUAGUUGAUGACCUUCUGAAAAGCGGCAAGACCUCUAUUCGGAUUAUCAAUGGUGGGUGGUCCUUUUGGGGAGGGUGGUCAUCUUGCUCUCGAGACUGUGAGCUGGGCUUCAGAACCAGGAAGCGAACAUGCACCAAUCCAGAACCAAAAAACGGUGGCCUACCUUGCAUAGGAUCUGCAAUGGAAUAUCAGGACUGCAACCCACAUCCCUGUCCAGUGAAAGGUUCGUGGUCCUGCUGGACUCCUUGGUCUCAGUGCUCAGCAACUUGUGGAGGAGGGCACUACCAGCGCACACGAACCUGCACCAACCCAGCGCCCUCUAAUGGGGAGGAUAUCUGCAUUGGGCUGCACACCGAGGAGGCACUGUGUAACACACACUUGUGUGAAGGAGGUUGGUCCGAAUGGUCUGAAUGGAGCUUGUGUAACGAAGAUGGGAUCCAGUAUCGUAGUCGUUACUGUGAAAUCCACAAUCCAGGAUCUUCCCAAUGUGCUGGGAACAGCACACAAUACCAGGACUGCUUGUACAAUGAGAUCCCAGUAAUCCUGCCAGCCUCAAGCAUUGACGAGAGCACGAACUGUGGAGGUUUCAGCCUCAUCCACCUAAUUGCCACAGGGGUCUCCUGCUUCUUUGGUUCUAGCCUCUUGACCUUUGUUAUCUAUGUGUACUGCCAGCGUUGCCAGAGGCAAUCUCAGGAGUCAACUGUUAUCCAUCCCACCACUCCCAAUCAUCUCCAUUACAAAGGCAACACAACUCCCAAGAAUGAAAAAUACACACCUAUGGAAUUCAAGAAAGGAAAACACAAUCUGGAUCCUACUACACUUAACAAGAACAAUUUAAUACCAGAUGACAGGACCAACUUCUAUCCUUUGCAGCAAACAAAUGUGUACACAACCACCUAUUACCCCAGUACAAUGAAUAAGUAUGACUACAGACCUGAGGCCUCCCCUGGAAGGAACUUUACCAACAGCUGAUGAUGGACACCAAGAACUGGAUCGCUUCCUUUAUGAUUUUUAUUUUUUAAAUUGAGUUUAUGGACCAAAUAUUGGCCCAGUCUCUAGAUGUAAAUAUUAUACAGUGGGCCUUUUAUUUUCUCUUUUAUCAGUGGUCUUACUUUUGAGUAGUACAUCUCCUUAAGUGGACCUACUGCUUAUGGACAAUGGACCAUCUUGCCUAAGAUUUUUUGAGGAGCCCUCAGCUAGAGACAUCACAUACUGCUAUGGAUAUUUAUGGCUGGAGAUGCCUUUGUGUCUGAUGCCAUGACAGUCCAAGAACCAACCAUUAUGUGCUAACUUUGUGUGGAAUGGUACUUGGCUACCCAGCACCGCUUCAGAAACUCAGUGGACAUGGAAAACCAAUGCCUUCAACAUGCUGAGAUGUGUCCUUCAUAAGCCUACUGGUUAAUGGUAGUAUGAAUGUCAUCCACAAGAGAAGCCUUAUCGAACAUUGUGCUCAAGAUUCUGGUGUUUAGGUUUGGGGAUUGAUCAGUGUGUCAUCACCAUUUCCUGCCACACGUUGAAAUAAUAUGCAGCCUUCAAUGAAAAAAAAAAGCCUAGUGAGAUAAACAGAACAAAGAUAAGGUACUUCACGCAAAACUAAUAGUUUUUGAGGGAAAUGUAGGAUGACGUUACCUGAAGUAUAGGUUUGGGUGCUUGAAGCAUGGGCUCUGGGUAGAAGAGAAUUUAUCCCACUGGGGAAAAUAUGAUGAGUGGAACAAGAGCCAUGGAAUAUCCUGAUUUUGGAAGGGGUGGGGCAACUAUUUUCUUUUAACUUUGAUUGUGGUAGUCUCUUAAGGAGCUGCUAGAUUGAUGGCCUUGCUGUCCUUGUUGAAAUCACCAAGCUUUGUGCUAAUGCUGAUUUUAUUUUUUAUAAUUUUUUAUUCACUUGGGAAAAAAUGUUUUGAGUUCACUUUGUCUCUGAAGAAUGUCUUCAUAGCAUAGUCUAACCCAUAAAGCCUACUGCAGAUUCCUUCAGUGUCUUCCAGCUAGUACUUCUCCAUGGGAGUACAAUGUGCACCAUCAGUUGACAGUGUCCUUCUGUGUCUGAGCAAGAAGAAGAAAAAGUAAUUCUGCUUCAGUAAAGGUAAAAAAUGGGGUCUGUAGCCUUUUCAAAUAAUAAUCCAGUCCAGUUUUGAAAUGUUA